AUGUCUGCAUUUCCACUUGUGAUUAAUGGUUUUACUGGUGGGUUUGUAAGUUUUAUAUCGUUUGUUUUGUCCUAUUUUUCAUCGUCAAUUACGUGGAGCUAAGUCUUGCACUACCUAUAUCCUAUAGCUAUAGGACUUUAGAGUUUGUUUGUAGUUCCUCUCACUGCAGUCUUUUGUUGUCGGUCCUAUUAGCAAUCAGCUGUAUUACAUGGACAAACUGUGCCUAUUCCCUGGUGCAAUUGCCGCAAUCCAUGUAUUAAUACAUGGAUUCUGCUCGGCCAGUUUCACGAUUAUUAUUUUUUCCGCGUUUGUCGCUUUGCACCUUAUAAAGUUUUCUACAGCCAUCGUCAGUAUCACUAUUGUUGAGGUGUAUAUCGAAUUGCGGGAUUCCGCACAACUUGUGAUAUCUACUGGCAUACAAUUAAAUAGGAGAGCGUUGUCACACAUCUGAAAUUUUUGAAAUACUUUUAGCCAUUAUCCUCGUGCUUUAAAGCCUACUGAAAGACAAGGAACAUUCGGUAAUUUACGGAGUCGAAGGCCAAUUGUCCCUUUGCUGUAUGUGAUCAAGUAAGUUUCCCGAGCAUACUGUUCUUAUCGUGAGUACCUCGGGAAGACGGGUAACCCGUUGCCCUAGUUGCCGGCCGCCCGGCGUGUCCACAGGUGGCAGAUAGUAAAACGGCCCUCAUAGAAGGUUAGUUGCUAAGUAAGCAGUCUCUCUGGCCAGACGGAUAAGCUGUUGCUGACCGAUAUCGACAGUGCUACCAGGGUGCAAAGGACUCGGGUCUGGCAAACCUUAUAAAAUGUUGCAAAACCCGAUGACCGCACUGCGACAUAGCGACCGUGAACCGCCAUUAAAUAAGUUUGCUUGCUACCGUUGCCUUGUGGUUAGUUUUUAAACCGAAUAGUUAGAUGGGACAACCUCGACAAAACAGUCCGAGCUGUUGUUUGGGGUCCGUCUGUACUCAUAAUUCCCAACAAACCUCGUGAAAAUAUGUUUGAAUACAGUAUUACGAUCCAUGGUCUGACGCCAUCGCGAGCGGUCGCGCUCCGCAACCCUGACCCAGUCUUAUGGGCGAAUAGUGUGCGAUCUAGACUAUUCAAUCUGGAACAGACCUUGGAUGUUAGAUGCGGAAAUGUUCAAACGUUUCUAGACCCAGGUACGCAAAGUCUGACGACGCACAGUCUUCAUUAAUACAAUGUGGAUGUCUGUUGUCUGUCCAAAGUCCGGAUUUCCGACUCUGGGGCUCGGGAAAUGAAGAUCUCAGGAGUCGACCCACACUUCACCCUGUAAUCAGCAGUCCACGCGACUCCUCUGGUAGACACGGUGUGGCGAUUGCCCUCUCUCAGCAAGCGAACUGUGCACUACCUGCCUGUGGAUCAGUCAGUGAAUGGAUGGCCUAUGGGCGACUAUGGGUCACUUUGCGAAGAUCACCGUCGUCUUCGUGUAUGCAUCAGCAUUACUUACCAAACAGCGCGAUAGAGAUAUUUAUUAAUCGAUAACUGGCGUGGAAACUUCCAACGUUAUUUAUGCAGACUUUUGUCCUUGAUCUGCGAGAGUAGGUUUGAAUAAUGCGAAGUACUGGAUGCGAUGACGUCGACUAGCAAGAACUCGGUGUACCGAUUCAAGUUUUGGAGCAAAAUCCACGAAACGGACUGGUACACUGCUAGCAGCGGGGACGGUAUUGUGGGGUUUGAUGAAGGGAAAAGUGCUAAUCAGCACUCACUCCGGUCGAAACCCGAAACGAUUCGUUCUUGUCUAAACGUCACGACAGGAGGUGAGGUGAUGGAGAGGGAUAAUUGCCAAGGGUUUUGCGGAAACGUCAAGAUGACUUUCGCCACAGUGAUUCUCACAGGUGUCUGUGUCUUUUUUAAAGAUCAGAUCAACUACAGUGUCCAUCUAGUCUGUGGCAACGGUUUCUGUCUUCAAAAUCUGGUUCAAAUCAUGCAGUUAUUUAACUUCAGCUAUUGAGCAGCACUUACAGCAUUGACAGCUUUACGCUUGAAGGCAGUCCCCACAAUGUGUUUUGUUGUUUUUGACUUCCGCUGUGGACUCAAGGAGCUCGGUGUUUGGUAAGUUUCUGCCAUAGUUAUACUUGGUCAUCGGGGCCUCAUUGACCUGCGUGGUUGCUAAAUGGGCCGACCCUGUCGAGCUGAGAAACCGGAUGAAGUGCCUCUUGCAUUGUCACGUCUGCCUUUGAUGCUUUCAGCCAAUUCAGUUGGAGCAGAUUAUCUGGUUCAGGUAGUUGGAGGAAACGCGGUCGCUGGAACCAGCAUUCUAUUCGCCUGACAAAAAAUACUCACUCUAUUUCAUCAUCAGCGACGAUGAGUAUUGGAGCAGCUUUUAUGGCCUAAGCUAAAGAGCGACUAGGAGCAGUCUCCUAUCCGUCCAUUUGGACAGAAUCCUUAGAACUCAUCCGGCUGGCGUGUGCGUAAUGCAGCCUCUUUGUCUCAAUACGAUAAUUGGCCUUCGUUCACUUACCUAUUAGGGCAGCUCGUCUAAUUUUUCCCCCAGUUUGCUAAUCCACUUUAUUUUAUUACUAGUACUCUUCAUCCAAUAUAGACCCACCUUUGGGGCAUUUCUAUUUGUAAGAUGCGUACUUUAACGGCAUUUUUCGAUUCACUCAAGUCACCCACUCUUCAGACAAUAGUAUGCUGAUUCCCACCAAAUACUCCGAUUUCCAAUAAAGUUCUUGACUUCUGUCCAGCUAAUCAGCUUCUGAGCUCUAAUCAGCAUGGGUUUUACCUGAAAAAAUUCCGCGAAACUUGCCACUUAGCCAUUCUUAAUUUAAUCACUUCCCUUCGUAGUGAACAGCAGUCAAUAGUAAUCUGCUUUGCUUUUAGUAAAACCUUCGACAAGGGACUCCAUAGACGGCUUUUGGUAAUAUAGGGAGCACACAGCAUCCGGCCACUUCUACUCGACUUCACCGUGACCUACCCCUCCAACCGUCAUUGAAAAGUCAUUGUUAGUAAUAGCUACUCGACACCACACUCGCUCACGAGUGGGGUAUUUCAGGGCACGGUUCUGGGUCCACUACUCUUCCUUCUUUACAUCAACGAUAUUUCGACCGAACUCAAAAAUUGAUACCUUUUAUUUAUGCCGAUGACCUCAGGACAUGCCAGAAAUGGACUCCUUUAUUUUAGAAGUAUAAGUCAGUCAACAAAGAGUGUAUAGAUAUUUCUUUAAUAUAAAAGUGAAGCUUUUCACUUCAUCCAGAUACGACUUUCUGGGAGACCCACCUAAGUACUUAUGGGCAGAAUGUUAUUACCGAAAAAGACUGAAAUGGCCAUUUCAGGCUUAUUGGCCGUCGUAGGCCAGUCAUACCCAACCCCGAUGUGUGUAACACCUGAGGACCGAACUCGCGACCCUUGCCUUUGUUGAUUAUUAUAACAUUCUGCCUAUACCACGCGCCGCUGUGCGGCAGCUGGUUAGGCUCGGGAGAAAGCCCGUAAGGCACAACAGAACGAGUGAGUUCCGUAAGAACGAUCGGUGAGCGCCCCUCUACCAGUAAGCAUUUAUUUAUUUAAGUAUGCACUUAUCGAUUUUCAGACCAAACCAUAAUCUAUUUCCAAAGUCUUUCUUAUUUCAUUGUCAUGAAUUUUUGCCAAAAAUUUAAUUGCAUUUCAGCGAUCAGACUGGCGCCCGAAAAGGGAACUGAACAUUUUCUAUACGUGAGAGAACUUUCACCGCUCAAGGUAAAAGUGGUAAAUGUGUCGCCAUUCUACACAAAGGUAUGCCUAUUCUUGAUGAUACCAAAAUUGUAAUCCUCAGCCAACAAUAUUUGCCCUCUUUUCAAAAUUUGGUCCAAUAAACCACUUCAGAUACGACAAGGUAUGUUAAACCACCUGCUCAACUGCAAGGAGACCGGUCUUUUUCUAAUUGUGUUCGCGUACAUGGCCUUCUUUAUCUUUAGUCGAGCACAACUGCCAUUGUGGGCUACAAAACUCCAUCCUCCGUAACGUCCUUGCUGAACACUCCUAUGAAUUCUGCCUACGCUCUUCCCGUCCGGAAGGCCUCCUUUUCUCGUAAGUUGUUUUUUAUAAUUUUUCUAUACUGAUAGAUGUCAUAAUGUCAUAUGUAUAUGUUUUUGGAAGUACGAUCGCAACAUGCAAAGAAUAUGCAAACGGGUAAUUUUAGGCCAUUUGCCGUUGUUGACGAUGCCGCUCACAGCCGCUGUGCGCUGGAUAACGUUUAUUACCUGAAGAGGCAGUAGCAGAUUAAACAUGAUUUGGAUUAUCGCAGGGUAGGGAGCUUGCGCUUCGCCGGUCAUGCAUUUUCCCUUAUAUCAUGCUAGCAUAAGCCCCUGGUUAAAUUCCAUCUUAUCUACUACUUUUCUAUUUCUCGUUUUAGUCCCAGUACGUCAAUUGUAAGAUGAAUAAAGUCCCGUUGUAGGGUAUUCUUGUUUUGACUCUUGAAUCCAUAUUUGUUCGUCCUCUCCAUCUCGUGUGCUCGCUACGGUCCUAGCUACACCUUCCACAUCUCUACCGGUGGGAAGCCUGAGUCAAGCUGGCUGGAGAUAAGAUAGGGCCACCCACUUUCGUGCCAUACGAUUGCCAUGACCCGAUAUCCCCUACUUCGAAUACCACUUCUGUUACAACUGCUCAGAGAUGUCAGUAAUCGAGAAUUGUCCUUAAUUCUGGAAACCAAGUUGUUCUAUCAUUCCAUCUUCAAACAAAUUGAAGACGUCCAAAAUUUCUUUUCUUUAGAAAGCCAAUCGAGUUGCAUAUUUCGAGACAGUUAGAUGACAGCACUUAUCCUUUCGUCUAAGUUGUCUUCUUCCCACCCUGCACUUCUUAUGUUCGCCAAAAUGUAGUGUUUAUUUAAUUGACAUAUAUGACUAGCCAUACCUUCCUUGUUGUGUUGCUCCCGCCGAAGUAUCUUUAUGUGAACAUCCAGAUGAAAACAUCGCCUUCUUGAAACUGAUAACAACAAUCUGGUAUUCAUUUUAGGCUUUACUCCCCCUUGUUAAGCUGUGCUGGAGCUCAAGGGCCACGUCGGUCUGUUUCCGAACAAAAUUUCUAACCGGAAAUAGCUGAAGUUUUUAGGCUAAGGCAGCGGCAUCCAAAGACAAGCACUAUUGCUCGUAGUAGCAUUCUGUCAAACAGGCUUGGUGCCAACCUGGUAGCACUCCCUUGUAUCACCUGGCGGGUUCUCCAACGAAGUAAGACUGUCUUUGACUUUGUCGCGUUUGACCGCUGUCUACACGUUCUCGUCGGACUUUAUUCCCUUGUACUCAUCUAAAAUAUCCGUGGCUGCUCAUUUAUAGGCGGGAAUUAUCGAGAUGCUAUGACGGUCCGUUUGAAUGAAAACAUAACGAGACGGACGAGUCAUUUCGAGCUAGAUAGAUUCGACUGUCGUCUUCAAAUUAAUUGGCCGUAGACAUGUGCCCUAGCAGUUAAUUCAUGCAGACCCCAAAGUUCCGUGCUCCUAGGUAAAUGUUUAUUUUUAUGAGCAAAUUUAUUUAACAUGGCAGGAAGAAGCUUCCUCUGAAAGGCAAGCUACUAAUCUGCGAGUUACCACUAGUGCAUGUAUCCAGUCUGUCCUGGCUAUAGGACGAAUAUGCACUUCUACUUUGCUUCGAGGGUCUAGACCUGGGGCCCACGCAAACAGUGACAGAGCGAUAAGCAAUUAACGCACGACGUUUGCUAGCGACUGUUGCGUAGAAGGCGGAAACAGCCGUUUCUUUCCUGUCAACCGGCCGUGCCCCGUAACCCACUUCAGUCCUGCUGCCACGGCAAGUCUGUGAACCCUACUCACAUGCGAUGCUGGGCAUCGUUGAUCGCAGCCGUCAAGACGUAAUAGAGUAGUAGAGCGUGCAUUGAAAAACAGCUUGGUGUCCGACUCGCUCCUUCCCGUUCUCAGGUUCCAGUCCGGAUUCGGGCUGUGGAUGGUCGAUGAGGAUAAAUAAGCCAUAACUGGCCAUUCCUUGUCUUCGUUUCCGCAAAAGUUUCAUGUUUACUUCUAGGACCUAGUAAUGUCUCACGCAAACUUCUCACAGCUAGACUUUGUAGUAAAACCACCCAGGCUUGAGUUACGCUUUUUGAAUGAUGUUACUGAGCCUACCUUUUGCCUUUUCAGAUGUUGUAGCUGAAAGUAAAAAAUCCUGGCUCAAGGAUCCUGUCUCACUGAAAAAGCAAUCGGAACAAUAUCUCCAGGAUUACUUUAGGGAGAAGCUUUGCGAAGACGAAAGUUCCGAGGAGGACGACGAGGGUUGGAUGUCAACAAAAACAAAGAAGCGGCGUAUUCGAUAA